AAAAUUAUGUGUUUCAUCUCAGCCCUAUCUUCUUCGUUUUCUUCGCACUACAACGUUGGCAUCUCCAUGCAUCAACCAUAAUCUCUCUUUCUCUUACGCAAAAAGGUUGUCUCUCUUUAACAAACAAAACCCACCAUUCAAUCUUUCUCUCUCUUUUACAGAAAUGCAUACCUUGUCUCCCCACUCUUUCCUGCCGGAGCUGCUUACAUUUACCGCCGGUUUCUGACCGCCCCCAACCCCCUUUUUCUUCUCCACCAUGACCCACCUUCCCCACCGGGAAUCCUUCUCCGGUCCCCUCCCUGGUGCCACUGCCACUGUCACAGCUUCUAGCGAUACUGACCUUGCAUGGCCCUUUGGCAAGCUCGAUGCUAUUGACCGGGACGAUAUCAGGGAAACGGCGUACGAGAUCUUCUUCACCGCCUGUCGGUCGUCGCCGGGGUUCGGAGGCCGGAAUGCCUUGACAUUUUACUCCUCACACGAUCACCUCGGUAAUGGGGAUGGAGGAAGUGGGUCAGGAUCAUCAGUGAGUCCGGGUUCACCAAGCGCUCGGCCCAAUGGGGUGGUGACGACGACUCCAAACAGUCGAGUAAAGCGGGCGUUGGGGUUAAAAAUGUUAAAGAGGUCACCGUCGCGGAGGAUGUCAUCAGUGAGUUGCGUUGGUAGUGGAGGUGGCUCCACACCGUCAUCACCCGUCCACCAUCACCACCACAGUCAUAGCUUUAGCGGUAACAUGGCUUUCUCAACGUUGCCGGCUUCAAGACCUAGGCGGCCGUUGACGUCCGCCGAGAUUAUGAGGCAGCAGAUGAAGGUAACGGAGCAGAGCGAUAAUAGGCUACGGAAGACGCUCAUGAGAACCCUUGUUGGUCAAGUACACCGCGUUGAUCAUUACAUUCGAUCUUCUGUGAGAAAUGCAUUCGUGAAGAAAAUAGAAAAUGGGAAUGUGAAGGAAGUGAGAGACCAGGAAGCAAGUGAAGCUUUGCUUCAACUGGCUAAAGAAACAGAGGAUUUGGCUUUGAGAGAGAGGGAAUGUUUUAGUCCCAUAUUGAAGAGAUGGCAUCCGGUGGCAGCCGCAGUGGCUGCAGUAACGCUACACCAGUGUUACGGGGAAGUUUUGAAGCAAUACCUCACUGGAACUUCCAUGCUCAACAGUGAAGUUGUUGGAGUACUGCAAAGGGCCGGCAAGCUUGAGAAGAUAUUGAUUCAAAUGGUGGUUGAGGAUUCUGAAGAAUGUGAAGAUGGAGGUAAAGGGAUUGUUAGAGAGAUGGUUCCUUAUGAAGUUGAUUCAAUCAUAAUGAGAUUAUUGAAACAAUGGAUUGAGGAGAGGUUGAAGGGAGGGAAAGAGUUACUCAGCAGGGCGAAAGAAACUGAAACAUGGAAUCCCAAGUCUAAAUCGGAGCCCUACGCACAAUCUGGUGUAGAGCUGAUGAAAUUGGCCAAGGAAGCUGUUAAUGAUUUCUUUGAAAUCCCUAUUGGGAUUACAGAUGACUUGGUUAUUGAUUUAGCUGAUGGGCUAGAGCUUCUCUUCCAAGAAUAUUGUACAUUUGUCGCAUCAUGUGGGUCAAAACAGAGUUAUCUUCCUACACUUCCUCCUUUAACCAGAUGCAACCGGGACUCAAGGAUCUUGAAGCUUUGGAAGAUUGCUAGUCCUUGCAGUGUUGGAGCUGAAGACAUGCAUCCAGUUGGAUCAACGGAAGGCCACCAUCCUCGUCCAUCAACCAGUCGUGGUACACAGCGCCUUUAUAUCCGCCUUAACACCCUGCACUACGUCAUCUCCCAUCUCCAUUCUCUAGAAAAAACCCUUACCCUCUCCCCUAGAGUAGUUUCUUCCACACGCAACCGUUUUAGUAACAACCGAAGGAAUGGUAGCUCAUCCUCAUACUUUGGACAUGCUCAUGGAUCAAUCCAAUCCGCUUGUGAACAUGUAUCAGAAGUUGCAGCCUACCGCUUGAUCUUCCUCGAUUCAAAUUCAGUAUUUUAUGAAAGUCUAUAUGUUGGUGAUGUAGCCAAUGCUAGAAUUAGACCAGCAUUGAGAAUUCUAAAGCAAAAUCUAACUCUCCUGACUGCUAUCCUAACAGACCGAGCACAAGCUCUUGCAAUGAGGGAAGUAAUGAAGGCAUCCUUUGAAGCAUUCCUGAUGGUUUUGCUUGCUGGGGGGCCUUCCCGGAUCUUUAAUAGGUUUGAUCAUGAGAUAAUCGAAGAGGAUUUUGAUAGCUUGAAGAGGGUUUUCUGCGCUUGUGGCGAAGGAUUGAUAUCUGAGGAUAUAGUGGACAGGGAGGUUGAGACAGUAGAGGGGGUGAUAACCCUUAUGGGACAAGCAACAGAACAACUAAUGGAGGAUUUUAGUAUUGUUACUUGUGAAACAAGUGGUAUAGGACUUGUUGGAACGGGGCAGAAGCUACCAAUGCCACCAACAACAGGGCGGUGGAAUAGAGCUGAUCCAAACACAAUAUUGAGGGUGUUGUGUCACAGAAAUGAUCGUGUUGCCAAUCAGUUCUUGAAGAAGUCAUUCCAAUUAGCAAAGAGGAAAUGAAAAGAGGAGAAAUUUUUUCUUAUUUUGUAUAAAAGAAGAAAAAGGUUGUGUUUCUGGUGAAUUUCAAGUAUUGAUCUUUCCCCCAGUUGCAUAAAAAACUGUAAAUGAUUAAAUUUAGCGGGGGGCGGUGUACUCAAAUUUGGAUAAUCGUAAAUGUUAUGUCAUCAUCAAGAUCAUAUUCGAGGUAGAGAGACCACUGUACCUUCUUUCUUUUUUUUUAUUUUUUUAUUUUUUUAUCUUGAUUCUGUAUAGCUCUAGGCACUUCUACUUC